UGUAUUGUGUAGUAUAUACUCUAUUUUAUAAGAGUGUACACAUGAAGUGAAUAUUAACAAGCUAAACUACAUCAUUAACUUUCAAGUGAAUAUAAGUCAGGCUGCAGGUGGGACUCCCCGUGGGCGUCCCACCUCGACCCACUCCGUCCCAUUAGAAAUUGGUGGGUACAGGGGGACAAGCCACGAAAACUUAGCAGAGUUAAGUGGGUAGAAGUGGGAGUCCCGCCAAAUGAACCAAUCAUCAAGAAAAUGGAUGAACGUAACAAUAAGCAAUAGGGUAAGAGAAUGCCAUGGAGCUUGCCCUUGUCAUCCUCGCGCCGAGGUACCCAUGUUCUGUUCUGCGCCCGGCUGGUGGCGACGAAGCUGCCCAACUACUGCGCGUGACUAGCCGCGUUCGUGCCGGAGAUGCUGCCGGGCCCGAGCUACAACGCGGAGAAGAUCUUCGACACGGUGGUGCGGCAGACGCGGUGCCACCUCACCAGCUGCAGGAACAAGGACGAGAUCCUGGCGAGGCUCCACAAGAUCGAGGCCGACGAGCAGAAGUACACGGAGGGCGUGGAGCAGCACCAUCGCGGAGAAGGCAGCACUGCUGGGCGGGCAGCUAGGGGCAGCACUAGGCCAGGAUUACAGGCGGCGCUGGGCGGUGCUGGGCGAGUUCUUGGAGGAGCUACUGCUGUUCCUCGCGCCGACGGACGUCGUGGACAUCCACGCCGAGGUGCUCGGCACCGGCGGCGAGUUCAUGACGCAGCUAUGGGUGCUGCUCGCCCACGUCGGCGUGCUCGACUGCCCGGGACCCAGUACCACCACA